AAUCAGUGUCUCCCCCAGGUUCAAAUCCCAGACUAGCAUCCACUUAUUUACAGGGGUGUAAUUGUCAUCAUCUGAAGAUGAUACGAGUGAUUAAUGGUUACAAGCCUACCAUCUCUUGUCCACUGCUAUUGGCACCCACUUAUCAUGGGGGGCAGCUCUAUGAUAGAAGCCAGGAUCACCACCUCCACAGCAGCAACGCUCACUCUCGCGCUCCCCUCCUCCCUUUUCCAUCUCUGCUUUCCUUGAUACCCUUCUUCGGAACUCCACUUUUACUCAUGGCAGAAGCUAAAGAGUGUUCUGAAACACUGAAAUAUCAGACUUUGAUUCUGAAGGUCUCCAUCCACUGUGAAGGAUGCAAGAAGAAAGUAAAGAAGGUCCUACAAAGCAUGGAAGGUGUUUACAAGACGACUGUCGACCCCCAGCAGCACAAAGUGGUGGUCACCGGCAACGUCGCUGCUGAGAUCCUCAUCAAGAAGCUCCUCAAGGCUGGGAAACAUGCUGAACUCUGGCCCGAGACGAAGCCCAUGGAAACCGGUGGCGGUGGCGGCAGUAACGCCGGCAGCAACAACAAGAAGAGCAAGAACAACAAGCCCAUCGAGCCAUCAAAGAACAUUGAUAACAGUCAAGUGUCUAAUGGCAAAGAUGACUCCACCCAAGUUUCCGAUAAACCAGAGAAUGAAGCCUCCAAGAAUGGCAGCAAGGAGCCUCCUCUGCCACCUGAGAAAGAGGAUGAGGGCAACAAGUCUGCCGCCACUGAAGGUGGUGGUAAGAAGAAGGGGAAGAAGGGUCAGAAGGAAAACAGCAACAGCAACAACGACAACAAAAGCGGAAGCGCAAGUGGUGGCGGCGGCAGCAGUGUGACUGAGGUCGAAUUAGCUCCACAGGAAGCCAGCAAGAAAGCAGGAGCAAGCGGCGGUGUUGCAAUCCCACCAACGUUCAAUUUUCCGGUGUACACCACAUCUCAGCUGCCAUCAUACUUGGUAAGCUACAACUCGAUGCAGCCGAGCAUGAGCCACGGCGGAGCGUACUACACGGCGCUGCCAAUGCUGCAGAGCAGCUACAUCUACUCGACCGCAUCGCCAUGUUCGUGCUACACCUGCAGCGACGAGAACAGCAGUGACUGCAGUAUCAUGUGACGGACACGAUCCCCACCUCCACUGCGCCGUAGUAGAACUCCAAGUAGUUUCCUCUAAGACUACUUAUGGUAUUGUGAGGAGUGUGAGUGCUAAGCUUAUACUACUUGAGCAAGUGCAACUUAGUUGAACUGAGCCUUUUGGACUUUGUUCUGUGUUCUACAUUGUGUGAAUGGUGGAAGAGAACUGCUAUUGAGUUU